UGUUAUAAUCUUCUUCGCUAAAAAGCUGCUCCCUUAAUUCUCUUUUAAGGACUUAUAUCAUCAUUUAGAUGGUCCACUUCACUGCUUGGAUGCUGCUGGCCUCUGUUGCUAUUGUUGUCUGUGCGUCGUAGCCCCAUGUACUGUGUAUGUAUGAUUAUGGGUCUCCUUUCGUAGCAUGAAACGGCAGCAGCAGUAGCAGUGGCGGUGAACUGGACGUAGAUUCUGUCCGGACCCAGUCGCUCCCGAACGUGACUAGACCACUACGAGAACCGUAACGCCAACUUUACCUAACUCUAGCCGUUUCUGUUCUGGGGUUGCCUGUCCGCUUUGAUUUGGCCUGGAUUGCUUUCAUUGCUGCUGCUUGGCUGCAGCAUGGCGGCUACAACGGGUUAAAGUUGUAAUUUGCGAUUAAGCGGGUCGAUGCGUCUAUUUGUAGGGGGCGCUGCGGUCAGCUGGGUUCCGCUAGGCCUAAGACAAGAUUAAUCGGCUGCGCCUUUGUGGGCAGUUUGUGCGAUUUUCGAGCAAGCUGGAGCUCCGACAGCCAUCUCACGAAUUCUAGCAGCCUUUGAGACAAAAAUGGAUGUCCAGCUUGAUCAACAGGCAUUUUACAACAGAUCGAGCAGUUAUAGUGGAGAGGAUACCACUUACAACGGUAAGGGAUCUUCAGGAUCAGCGAACAAGGAGAACAGUAAAGAUCAAAAAUCUUCUCGUUCUAGGUCUCGUUCAAGAUCGAUACCGAAGGAUCGUAGUGACGGCCGAGAUCGCGAUGUGAAGGAUCGUGAUCGACCGACCAGAGACACUGAAAAGGAAUAUAGGCGACGCCGAAGCAGAUCGAAGGAUCGUGGAGAUACUAAGAAAAGGUCGAGAUCUCAUUCUAGGGACAACAAGAAGCGAUCUUCCGAUAAGGACGCCAAGAAGGGCAGUAGCAAAGAUGCGAAGGAGUCGAAAGACGUUAAGGAAAGGGAACGCUCGAGGUCAAGGGACCGCAAAAGGAAAUCGCGCAGUCGUUCAAAAGAUCGCCGCAGACGCAGGUCUCCCUCAAAGGAGCGCGCCGCCCGAAGGCGCAGUAGGUCAAAGGAUCGUAGACGAGUCGAACGAUCACGAAGCCGAGAUCGCCGCAGGCGCAGCGCCUCGAGAAGCAAAAGCCGUGGCCGUCGUAGAAGGUCGCACAGCGGGGGCCGCAGGAAGAGAUCAAUCUCGCGGUCGCCGAUUCGCGGCAGAGGCCUGAGUCCGUUCCAGCGGCGUGGCGGUGAAGACAUGAGCACGGAGGAGCGUGAUUUGCGUACCGUUUUCUGUAUGCAGCUAAGUCAACGUAUUCGAGCCAGGGAUCUCGAAGAAUUCUUCAGUGCCGUGGGCAAAGUCCGCGACGUGCGUAUGAUUGUUGAUAACAAAACUCGCAAGUCGAAGGGCAUUGCUUACGUCGAAUUUGUCGAUCUCGAGUCUGUGCCCUUGGCUAUGGGUCUUAACGGGCAAAAGCUGUUUGGCGUGCCAAUAAUCGUGCAGGCGACACAGGCCGAACGAAACCGCAUGGCCAAUCAGCCCGGUGGAUUUACGGCGGCUGCUGCCGCCGCUGCCGCCAAUGGCAAAGGGCCAAUGAGACUAUAUGUUGGCAGUCUUCAUUUUGACAUUACUGACCGCAUGCUUAAGGAAAUAUUCGAGCCUUUCGGGCGAGUGGAUCGUGUUGAGUUAAUGCGGGAGGAUUCUGGCAAAUCAAAAGGAUUCGCUUUUUUGACCUUCCGCGAAGCCGAUGCUGCCAAGAAGGCAAUGGAGCAGUUGAAUGGCUUUGAGAUCGCCGGACGUCCAAUAAAGGUGAACCACGUCACUGAAAGAGGCACCGGGUCGCUCAAUCACCAUCACCACCAUCAUCACAAUCAGCAACAAGCACAGCUUGACGGAAGCCUUCCGUCGGUUCUUGACAACGAGGAACUUGAUCGUACCGGCAUCGAGCUGGGUGCUCAUGGCCGAUUGGCUCUCAUGGCUAAGCUGGCUGAAGGUACCGGAAUUCAACUGCCUGAUGCUGCUAAAAGUGCUCUUCAGCAAAUGACGGGGCACAGCACACACAGUCUGGCCGCAGGACUUGGCCUGGCCGGGCCAAUGCAAACUGCUCAACAGUCGCAACAGGUGAUGCAGUCGGCACAGACCGAACAGGCAAACCCGAUCGCUACCCAGUGUUUUCUUCUGGCCAACAUGUUCGAUCCCGCCGAGCAAGCAGCUAAAGACAACGGAGAAGAAGAUUGGGCCGCUGAGUUACGUGACGACGUACUGGAAGAGUGUCGAAAACAUGGCGGAGCGGUUCAUUGCUUAGUCGAUAAGUCAACAGGCAAUGUGUACGUGAAAUGUCCGUCGAUCGCCACAGCUGCAGCAGCCGUCGGGGUGCUACAUGGACGCUAUUUUGCUGGACGAGUUAUUACAGCAGCUUAUGUGCCAGUGGUCAACUAUCAUCAGCUCUUUCCGGACGCAAUCAACGCGACUCAACUCUUGUAGAAAAAAUAUUUUCGUUUUCGAUGAAGGCAUCGUCAGUCUUUGUCGCCAUCAUCGUCAUCAUCGCCGCUUGCCCGUAGCGUCAGAGCUCGGCCAAAUGCCCGGCGAAAUGGCGGCACCCGUCAUCCAUUUUGACCAAUAGGAUAUGGUGAAAGGAGAGGACGAACCCGCGAAAGAAAAAAAUCGAGGCUCAACGGAAGAUGAGCUUGUGUAUACACUGGGCAGAAAUAGGUCUAUGAAAAAGAACCGUAGGAAGGGUGGGUUAGGAGGGUCGUCGACAUCCAAGUUAUUACGAGUUAAUUUCGACAUGUUCGAGUACCAUUAGGUAUUAGACAGUGACAGUGCAUUGUUUAUUGCAGGAGUAUAUAAUAACAACGUGUAAAUUAGGAAAUGAGGGGCGCAGGGUGAAUCGCAGAUGUAUUUGUGUGGUAGGGUCUGUGGAGAAGUGGUAAAAGGAAACGUGUGACCUGUAUGUGCGUGGGCUGGCAUCUUAAUUUUGUUUUUUUGGACAUCACAUAAUGAAAAUAUGUAUGAUCCUUUUUAUAUAUAUAUGCAUAUAUAUAUAUAUAUAUAUAAUUUGUCGUAAAGUCGGCAAUCAAUUGGUUCAGGUAUAUGUAUAAAGGGCAUACGCUGCUCCAUAUAUCGUGUUUAUAGGUUUUUGGGCCUAUAUAGCAAUACCGGUAACGGCGGGAUAGUGACGUUAAUAUUAGCCACUUGAAAAGCUUACAGAUGCCAGCCCAAUUCCACCGCGAACCUCCACAAACCUUGGGACAUUGCUUCGAGCGUUGUUACUUACCCGACAGAUUUGCUCCUGCUGACGAAGAUCAACGAGAUGACGCUCACGGACUAUCGUAUUACAGUAAUAUGUAAACCUGUUUCGAAUCAAAUUCUGUAGCGACCCGUAAUGGUGUGCCUAUUUGUACUGCUAGAAUCCUGAAGAUGAAUCUGUUGAUUAAGAAGCUCCCGUUACAGAUAACACACAAAGUCGUCAGCGGGGGAAUUAAGAGACAACAGCGAUUGAGGCGGCCGACGCCAAGACUCGCCAGACAGACAGACCGCGGGGCAGCACGCCUCCAUCCGCGAACUCUCCAACGUGUUCGUGCGCACCCCCUCUGCUGGUGGGGGGUUGAAGCCACCGUGCCACUUUUAUCUCUCUCUCGUUCUCUAGGUCUCCUCUCCCUCGUUGCUCCGGGCGGUUGCCCCGGGCGCUGAAGGCUCUUCGCCCGCCGCCACUAUCACCGACAGCAAGUCUUAGCUCUAACACAACUGCACUCACCGCAGCCAGAGAGAAGAUGCAAACAACACAACACGGGCUGAGUAGAAUCUGUUGUGACAGACGACAAGUUGUAACACCGCGUAUGGACCGUUACAUGGGCCCUGCGGUAGCGGCAACUUGCUUGGUUGCUAAUCCUGAAUUUCUCCUCUAUCGUUCUCCUUGUCGUUGUCGUUGUUGCUGUUGUUGCUGUCGUUGUUGCUGUUGUUGUUACUGCUGUUGUUGUUGUUGUUGUUGUUGUUGUUGUUGUUGCCGCUGCCACGUUGAAAUACAGACACAGACACACUAACUGUUUACACUACGAAAAGUAGGUUCCUUGGAGUAGCCAGCAAAAUCGGGGCGAUAUUUUUUUUUGUCUAUGUCUAUAUUUUUUGUAGACAUAGCGAGUAGUAGUGGCAAGCACCACGAUGGGAUACGACCGCGUGUGGGUAUAUGUGUGGGUGUGUUAGACAUGGAAAAAUGAGUCACGCUUAUUCUAGCUCCAAUUCAGUCUUAACUUGAUUGCUGUUCACGACAGUAACCACUCACACUGAGCAUAUAGUACAACAUAAGUACUAAGAUCCUAUAAAACAGAGUACGCGGACAGAUUAGUGCCUUCCAUCGUUUCAGCUUUUUUAUUCGCUUGCUGUACCCCAAGAAAUCUGUAGCGGGAUAACAACACAUUGGUGGUAUUGCUCAACCAACUCAUGUUCUCCCAUAGAUUUUCGUAGGGAAAAGCUGGGAACAAGUCAGUCGGUGAAGCCAAAAGAGAUCAGACGAAGUGCAGACUUAGCCAAGAGAUUGGCCACUUGAAAGCAAUAACAACAACGACGGUGGUGACUACAGGGACAACGGCAACGAGAAGUACAACAACAACAACAACAACAACAAAAGCGACUCG